AAAAAAAUCUCCCGCCCAAAUAAUAUUCCCAUUUCCCACCAAGGGUUAUAGCCUUAUAAAACCACUUCAAACCUCAUUUCUCAUCUCCAUAAACGAUUCAAACCCUAAAUCUCUCACUAACUGCGAUUAAAUCAUGAAAGGAGGCAAAUCAACCGGUGCUGGAACAAAAACCGAUGCUAAGUUGACUGUGAAGAAAACUGGAGCUAAGGGGAAAGCUAAUAAGGAUCCUAACAAGCCUAAGAGGCCUGCUAGCGCUUUCUUCGUGUUUAUGGAGGAGUUUAGGAAGCAGUUUAAAGAGGAGCAUCCUGAUAAUAAGUCUGUUGCUGCUGUUGGGAAAGCUGGUGGUGUAAAAUGGAAGUCUAUGUCUGAUGCUGACAAAGCACCUUAUGUAGCCAAAGCUGAGAAAAGGAAGGCUGAGUACGAGAAGAACAUGACAGCCUACAACAAAAAGCAGGCUGCUGGUGGUACCGACGAGGAUGAUGCUUCUGACAAAUCCAAAUCCGAGGUCAACGAGGGAGAGGACAGUGAUGAUGAGGAAGAUGACGAGUGAACCAGGAAACAUGAAGGUUUUGCUUAAUGAUGGUUUGAGUAGUUAACAUUUCUAUGUAAUCUGAAUUUAGAUAAGUAAUGGCUAUGUUUAGACUCGUGUUCUGGCUACAAACAUGAGUGCAUAGAAUAGUUAUUAGGCUAUAUGGUGCGCUAGGGCAAGAAGUUAAUCUUAGGUUUUUAUAUCUUUAAAAUCAUGUCUUGUUUAGGUGUUUUCUGUUAGAAACCUACUUUGGUUGGUGCUUCUUUCUCUUAUGUUGAUUUGUGUUAUUAUGA